AUGAAGCUCAUGUUCCGUGAGAAGGAUCCGGUUAAACUCUAUCCAAUUUACAAACCUGCGGAUUCCAGUCACAAAGCCUAUCGGAAAGCACACCCAACCCCUGAUGACUUCAAAGCCGCCGAAGAUAUCAUUCUCAAACAGUUCACGUUAAUUGAUCAUGGUCAUGUUGCUUUAUAUGAACGAGUCAAACCUGAAAAAACCGGUAAGGAUGCUGUCGAAGGUAAAAAAGGAGAAGAACCUCGAGAGUCCAACAAACAUCAAACCAAGAAGACUAACAAAGCACCAGCCCAACAGUCAAACUCGAAGUCCCAACAAAAGGAAGAUGUAAAUAAUGAAGAAGCCCAGAAAUCCGAUAAGCCUGUCGAUACCUUCAUUGCCUACAUCCACUUCACACCAUCCGAGGAGCUUUCACAGCAGGACAAAGAAGAUCUCCACUACGUUACAACCUUUUUACAUCAAUCACGAAAAUUUGUCAAUGUUAUCCAGCUCCCCCAGAAAAUCUAUCGUGGCAAUAUGUGGACGAUUGGCUGGCGUAAGCCUCAAACAGAGGGUGAGAUGGCUGGACGUUACAUUGAUACACCCGGUAUCAAAAAAAACUUCUUCGCCUAUUUGGAUCAUCUGGGGGAUGGAGUUUCGGCCAGCUCUAUUAUACAUCGAUUAUUCUACUCAAUUACGGAUGCGGCUGUCAAUGCAGCAAAUAAAUUACUGACCUCUCUGGGAAUGCCUCAUUAUUCGGACGCCAACUUGAAUAAUGACGAUUUGGAUCACAAAUUCGCAUCCAACUUGGCCUUUACACGGGACGAAUUUUCCAAUAAACCACACUGUGACGACGAUGCGGGUGCUACUGCAUUCCUCUUAUUAACAAAUAUCAACAAAAAAGACGGUUCCAUUGCUCUGAACAGUCACCUUGAUCCCACCUUCAUAGGUCCCUUCUUUGUGUUUCCUGAUCAUAAAGUGGCAAUUGACUUGCGAAAAUUAAAUGGCAUAUGUCGUGUAGUAUUUGAUGCAGGCCAAUUCGAACAUUGUACUCAUAAUAAUCAACCCGCUCAUUCAACCCUUACUCCAUUUGGAUUUUCCCUCCAAAUAUCCCAGAGUUGUGUUGAUGCAUUUCGCCGUAUCUUUAGUGGCUAUUAUGAAAACAGAGUAACCCCCAAAAAUAACAUCCCAUACUACCUUGGGGAUCAUGAUUAUAUCUUUAAUCAAGUUGUUGACAAAUUUGAAUAA